CGAGUCUCGAUGGCGCUCGGCAGAUGGCGGAUGCAGCAGUGAGCAGACGCUCGUUGCUUAGUGCUCAGUGCUCACAAUUCAAGUUUCAACGUCAGUCGCGCAUAGACAACUCGCCGAGUGCAGUCAACAGUGUAGUGUACUUAAGUUCAGCACCAUUUUGUGCGAAAGUAUUCGAACGGGACAUAGUGUUUAUUUAUGUGCUCCGUGUUUACUUGAAAACAACAAAUUCAAUCGGUGUGUGUACUUGUUCAUGUGUUUCACUUUCGACAUGUUUACGGUGGGAUCGAUGCGAUAUCUCGGGCGCUAGAAACCGCGCCUCUGUCAUGAGCGAGUAAUCGUAAAUGUAAAAAAAGUUGACACAGGAAACAUGUCUGGGCGGAUCGUCGACGCGGAUGCGAGCGAAGGGUUUGAGUUCGAAAUUCGAAAGCGGUCAUGUCAUCGCCUCUCGGAUUUGGUAUAAGUCACCGUCCAAUGUCAAAAUCGUGCAUGUACCGCGUCCGCGAGCGCCGAGCGUGGGGAGAAUGCAGUCGUUGGUAGUGUGGUGGGCGGUGGUGUCGGCGGCCUGGGCGCUGGCGGGCGCUUGCUCCAGCUCGAUGUCGAAGCGGCCGGCCCGGCCCGCGAGGCCGCAGCGCCCGCAGCCCCAGCCGCAGCCGCGCCUCAACGUCACGUUCCCUACGUUUAAGUGUGAGCCCGACUACUCGGAGUACUACUGCUUGAAUGGCGGCGUGUGCUUCACCGUGGUGAUCUCGGACAGCCCCAUCUACAACUGCGAGUGUCGCAGUGGGUUCGUGGGACCGCGCUGCGAGUUCAAGGAUCUGGACGACUCGUACGUGUUGACGAGCCGGCAGCUCAUGAUGGAGACGGCAUCGAUCGCGGGCGGCGCGACGGUGGCCGUAUUCCUGGCGAUUCUAGUCUGCUUCGGCGCGUGGGUGCGCCUGCACCGGCGCGGCAAGGCGCCGCCCGCACCUCCCGAGCUGCGGGGCCGCGUGCACCUGGUGGCAGUGGCGGCGCCCCAUGGCCCCGGACACGUGCACCUCUGUACGCCUGCGCCCCAAGCGCCCUGAGCGCGAGUAACCGGACUCUAGAGCGACCUGUUCAUUUGUGUACAUAUAGUUAGUGUAAGUUAUGUGGAUGGAACAGAAGAAAUAAGAAAAUUUAUGUGAUAAUUAUUUUAUGAAGCUUCUAAUUUAUUUCUGAGGAAUUCUUUUGUAUAUACAGUAUGGAAAGUCCAGAAGUCCAGUUUUGUUUGUCAAAUUUCAGUCCCUUGGUUGUGUUGUGAAUUAUGUUCAAGCUCUCAGUGUACAAAACAGCAAGUUGGUGAUCAAUAGCAACUGCUACUUGCCCCCACUAGCUGCUGUGAUGAAACAGUAGGUUGCAGUCACUCUCUUUACAAAAUAAGUAUUGUUCCUAUAAUUAAAAUAUCUAAUAAGAAUUGUAUAUCAAAACUUGUUUGUGUGGAGAGAGUGUGGUAUUGUUUGUGGUGAAGGUGCCAGUGUCCGUCCGUCACCUACAGUUGCCCAACAUGGUGCAGUGAAUCUAACAAGUAUCUAUGUUGGACUUUCUGUAGGACCGAGCAUUUAUACCGUCUAAAGAUAGUUAGAUAUCUACAUAGUUUGGCAUAAAGCAAUUGUCCAAUUUGUUUUGCAGAGGUUGCAUUUGAGGGGCCACAGUGGACCCGGGGCUCAGCUGGCCCACUAUUGUGCAUAUUCUGAAUAUUUGUAAAUGAAUGUUGAUUGUAUUUAUUACUUGUUAUAUACAGAUUGUAUUGUGAUGAAUUGAGGAUGCCUGUGUUGUAAGCAGCCAGUUCCUAUUGCUGCACAUUCCAUCACACAUUUAUAAUGGUGUCAGUAUUAUCUUGUAAUACAAGUGUUAAGCCGGCAGCUUUACUUUAUUUUAUAAUUUAUACCUGAUAUCCCGUUGGGAUAGUGUUGUAUUAUAUUGGAUCAAUGAGGAGACCUGCCCUUGUUGAGAAGGCUUCUUGUAAAUAUAGCCUGUGUAGGUAUUUAUUAGAUAUUUAUAAACAUUUAUUUAUUGACUGCUUUAUUUAGUUAAAUGAUCAGCCACGUCACUAAUUCAUGCUGAGUGCUCCUGCAUCACUCCACAUAAUCUCAUUGUGAAUCUCUUUUUGUAAAAAUAGUAAAACAUUGGAUGGUAUAAAAGCUCAUAGCCUCAGUGUGAAGGAUCCAUCUGUGUUAGACAGGCAGUAAUAUAAAUUGUAAUCAUUAAUGUGUUCACAUAGGAAACUAUACAAUCAGUAUUUCAUUGUAGUCAAUAUACAUAUAUAUAUAUCUCUAUGUUAUCUGUAAUGAGAAUUUGCACUGAGGCCGUGAUGAAAAAAAAAGUAUAAUAUGUUUGGGCUGUGAGUUGCGGAGAUGUCUGGGUGUGGUCAAUGUGUUUGUUUUAUAUUGUAGACCUAACCUUUGGUUGUUUCACAAGUUGACUUUGUAUGUAUCACCACAUUGCGGACACCCAGAAUGUAGAUUGCAUCAUGUUUUGUUGUCAAAUUGUUGCUCAGAUUAAAAGUAUAAUAUGGACCACACACUUAUGACAAAUUAUUAACUGUAAUCAAUUGUCAUUCACUAUUUACAUAUUUUGUUAAUAACAAACUUACAAAAUUAUUGAUUUCAUGGACAUUUAAAGGAAACUCAUCAAAUACUACUACAUCUACCUUCAGGUAGUCAUUGGAGGUUUCUCGGACCAUGUUAUACUUUUAAUAAGAGGUGUGUUGUAUCAAUUCAUAGGAGAUUGUUUAUAUGAACAUUCCAAAGUAUUUGUAUAAUAUUACCUACAUCGAAAAUAAUUUUGAAAUAUCUGUUAAGAUGCUACAUUGUUAAUUAUACAGUUUUCUAUUGAUCAUUUGUUAAAAGAAAAUUAUAUGAAACUAAAUCUUU